GCGUGAGUGCGUGCGGCGGAGACACAGCGAGUGUUGUUUUGAAUUUACUAGAAGACACCGACCGACCGACCGACCGGAGGGGGGUAGGGCUCGUGGAUAAGAUGGCGGAUGAAGGCGAUGAAACUCGGCCAGCUUUUCCCUCAGCGCCCCGGAACGGCCCGGUGGUAGGCUCCGCUACGACUACGGUAACCUCUGGUCCUCGGGUGGUGAGGAUCGUCAAGUCCGAGUCCGGUUAUGGGUUCAAUGUGCGCGGCCAGGUCAGCGAAGGCGGCCAGCUCCGGAGCAUUAACGGGGAGUUGUAUGCACCUCUGCAGCAUGUGAGCGCAGUGCUGCCCGGAGGAGCGGCGGACCGAGCCGGGAUAGCGAAAGGAGACCGGAUCUUGGAGGUAAACGGUGUGAGUGUGGAGGGGGCCACACAUAAGCAGGUGGUGGACCUGAUCCGGGCGGGGGAGAAGGAGCUGGUUCUGGUGGUGCUGUCCGUGCCCCCACAAGAGGCCGAGGGGCUGGAGGGGGGCGAGGAAAUUCAGCCCAACUACGACUACAGCGACAAGCAGGCUGUGCCCAUCUCUAUCCCCACAUACAAACAUGUGGAACAGCACGCCGAGCGGUUUGUGGUCUACAACGUCUAUAUGUCCGGCAGACAGCUGUGCUCGAAGCGUUACAGAGAGUUUGCCAUUCUACACCAAAACCUCAAGAGGGAAUUCUCCAACUUCAACUUCCCCAAGCUCCCUGGAAAAUGGCCCUUCUCCCUCUCCGAACAACAGCUGGACGCACGACGCAGAGGCCUGGAAGAGUACCUGGAGAGAGUUUGCUCCGUGCGUGUAAUUGGGGAGAGUGACAUCAUGCAAGAGUUCCUGUCUGAAUCCGACGAGAAUUAUAACGGUGUGACAGAUGUAGAGCUGCGAAUAGCACUUCCAGAUAAGACCACCAUUUCAGUGCGAGUCCGGAAGAACAGCACAACAGACCAGGUGUACCAGGCAUUAGUGUUGAAGGUUGGCAUGGACAGUAUUAUGGCGAGCUACUUUGCCCUUUUCGAAGUCAUCAACCACUCGUUUGUUCGUAAGUUGGCCCCUAACGAGUUCCCUCACAAGCUGUAUGUGCAGAACUACACAUCGGCGGUGCCGGGGACCUGCCUGGCGCUGCGCAAAUGGUUGUUUAGUUUCCAGGAGGAGGAGCUUCUGCGGGACAAUCCUCUCGCUCUGCACUACUGCUUCCACCAGGCACUGGACGAUGUGAAGAAGGGAUUCAUAAAAACAGAGGACAAAUCCUACCAGCUGCAGAAACUGGCAGAGCAGCGCAAGAUGGCCACGUACUUGAGCCUUUUGCGGUCAUGUGAGGGCUACAAUGAGGUGGUGUUCCCUCACUGCUCCUGCGACUCUCGGAGAAAAGGUCACGUGAUCACAGCCAUCAGCAUCAACCACUUCAAACUGCACGCAUGCACCGAGGAUGGCACGCUCGAGAAUCAGGUGAUUGCUUUUGAGUGGAGCGAGAUGCAGCGCUGGGACACAGAUGAGGAGGGCAUGGCGUUUUGUUUUGAGUACGCACGAGGAGAGAAGAAGCCAAGAUGGGUCAAAAUAUUCACUCCAUAUUUCAACUACAUGCAUGAAUGCUUUGAGCGAGUCUUUUGUGAACUGAAGUGGAGGAAGCAGGUCGAGGAGGAGGCUUCGGACAAAGACAACAAGAACUGCAGCAACAAUGAGUAUCUUCCACCAUUGGAGACACAGCAGAAGGGAUGGCGCCACCUAGGGGGCGAGAUUGCAACGUCCUAAAACCUUCCAUCUGCCCUCAUCUUCUUCUCCAACUAGAAACUGGUCCACUAGCAUCAUCACCUCCACCCGAGAGAGAGCGCCAUCUACAGACAUGGAGACGAGACUGCGCUGGUCCCAUGCCAAGGCAAAACAAACAAAAGAGACGGAUUUGGGAAAUAAAAAAUUAUAAAUACAAACUCAAAAUUCCUGGGAUACUCGAAUGCAACACGGUCAAGCAGCAAUGAAGGGACAUGGACAGGAGCCAACCUUCAUAUCAUUCACUAGAUCUGUCUCUAGAUCUCAUAUAAGCGUCUCUUGUUUUUCUCAACUUCCCCGUAGAGAGAAUGGGGCAGUAGCAAAACGCCCCUGGGCUCAAAUGGAGGACUUCAAAGCCAAACGUAGGCGGCAGACAUCUUGGUUCGAGAUCUCUACAGCCUGUUUUUGAUCUCCUGUCCGACGAGGCUAGAAGAAUGAAGUCUUUUUAGACCGCGAUGGAACGACACUGAUGCUGCACACUGACAUAAAAUGUUUUCUACGUGGCAUCAGAUUGAAAAAAAAAAGAUAUAUUUGGGUGUUCUGAAUAGCAGGAUAGAAGACUUAACAUUCAAACUGCUAUUAUUAAUCUUAUUUUGACUCUCUGUUGUUUUGCUACGGUUUGUCACUUUCGGGCAGUUGGCGAUGUUGUCAGUAUAGUUCCCCUUUAAGUGUUUUCUUCGGCUAACUGUCCACGGCCCUCAAACUCGUUGGAAACUGAAGUGUCCCAGAUUACAGUACACGUAUAGAGGCUGACUGACGAUUGGAACUAAGCUGUGUUUCUCCAAGCAGGCAGCAGAGGGCAGCAGAGCAUAAGGAUGUUAUGGGGGGAUGGUUUGAGCCGUAAAGUCCUUAUUUAAGAGAGGAUCCCCUGGGCGCAGUAAGCCGGCCUGCUAGUAUCACUCCUAUACGUUAACUACAGCAGGGGCGUAGGGGUGUGCGACCAAGCAAAGAGAUGGUGCCACUAGCAUACAGAGUUAUGCAGGCGACUGUCUACUUCAGAAUUCAGUAUUAUGUAGUUAUCUAUGUAUGUCUAGUCAGUUUUAACACUGGUAUUCUUUCCUUUAAAGGUCCACAGCGUAACAUUCCUAGUGGAGGGUCCGCCACCUGCUUAUCUUUAUAGAAAUGUUAUUUAAUGUCUAUAGAAUGUUCCACAGAAGAUUAAACGUAUCUGGCACAAGCAGGUUACAGCAUUACGCCACAUUAUAAGUCAGAUCUGUGGAGAGUCGCCCCUAUUCACAGAAGGUAUUACUGUAUUUUUGAACAACAGAAACACCCGUAAUGAACAGAUGCUAGAUAUGUUUGUAUAAAGCAAUCACAUCAUCAAAACAAGGAGGUAGCGAACCCUCCACUAGAAAAGUUGCGCAGUGCACCUUUAAUUUGAGGAGCAUUUCAUGUUUGUUGCAUAAAGAUGAUGCUAUAGUCUAUUUAUCUUAUGUCUUUGGUGUGUAGAACGCACUGUUAUUUUUUGGAGACUGUAAUAAUCGCUGAUCAGAAUAUUAAUGCAUUCAAUUCUCACUGAUGCAAUAGGUUUGUUUAUGCCGCUAAGGGCUAUAAUUAUUACUGACUACUCCGGCUUCUUCCUGGCAACCAAAAACCAAAAAAAAACGCACAGAAAGAGCUGAAAGAAAGCAAGAAAGCACGCACGGUUCAACUUUAUGAAAAUGUCCACUUCAGUUUUGCUUCAGUAGUAGUUUUAAUGCAUGAUUUGCUUGCUGAUCUGUUUGUAUGUGCGAGGGGGAUAGACGGAUAGAUGUGCGUGUGUCCUUUUUGAGUUGGUAACCUUGUGGGCUCUGAUUGGACUGGCUGUGCGUUGCAUUGCGAGCCAGCAAAUGAAGACGGGAUUACCAAGUGUGAAGACGGCAUGCAGAUUGAGACAAAUGAGUUGGCGCCCCCUGUUGUCUGUGUCAUUCAAAUUCUCAUGCUUUUUACGGCGUACCACGGCUGUCAUAACUGGCAAUGAUGCCUUCUUUAGUCAGGUAGUUGGCUCUAAACAGAAUGUUGGAAGACGUUCAAUGCUGAGUGGAUAUUUUUUACUUUACCUCCAUGUUAUUAUGAAAGUAACAGACUUAUUUUUACAUGUAUUUUAUUCUAGCUCAGCCCACAUACUGAUCUAUGUUUGAUGGCAGAUGUUUUUUGUCAUUUUCUUGGCUCUAAAGAGGCUUUUAGCUGCUGUUGUCAAAAGUUGUGGCGUAUAGCAAGAACAGGAGCUGAAAAAUGCUUGUCUAGAGGCUGUGUGGUCAUUGUGACAGGCAAAGUAAUGUUCUCCUUCGUGAAAGAUGACAUCUCAAUUGGGCCUGUUCAAGCAUAACGCGUUUAUUCCAUUGUAAAAGAAAUGGGUGACGGAGGCGCAGUCUGGCCCAAGCUUUUCCAGCUGCAGCUAUCGGUAACGGUCUCCAGGUUCUAUCGUCGUGGCAAUAAUGGUUGUUGCCGUGGCAGCAGCAAACCCGACAACAGCAGCAUCACUGUCUUUUUUUUUUUUUUUUUUUCUACAAUGUGAUGAUGUCAAAAUCCCAGAUGGAGAGUAGGAGUCAGUAGGUGAAGCGCUAUUUUUAAGAGAAAAGUCAGAUUUUUUUGCUGCUGGUGAACAGAUGGUAGCACUGAGGAAAAAAACUGCAAGUUAUCUUUUUUUUUUUUUUUUUUUUUUUAAAUUUGCCACAAAUUAAUUAUCUUGAAAAUACAAUCAAUUUCACCCCUAAUUUUUGAACAGUUUUACCAAACGAUGAACAAUUUUCCAAAAUAUAAAACCAGAUUUGUUGGGGAUUAGGUCAUUAGACAUGUAUCACACGUUUUUGAAGGCACACUUAUUAAAUAUUGUAAUAUAUUUUAGGUUUGUUUUGUUUUAUUUGAGUACCACUUUCUGUUUCACAUCAAAAAUGUUCUACACCGUUAAAAUGCUAACUAUAAACUUCACAAUAGCUUCCAGUAACGAUUCUUGCCUCCAUGUCUUACUAUGGGCCAAUGUUAUGACUUCAAAACCAGCUCCCCUCUCACUAUGUACUUGAGGCAGUGUUUUUAAUGUUUGUCUUCUCUGUGUGGCUUGUGACGCUGAUAUGAAAAUGCUUUGUGGAAAAAAAAAAAAAUCUUGCGGUUUAACUUUUAGUUUUUGGUUUCUAAUAGGGCUGCACAGUAUUUUAAAAACAUGCAAUAAUGUUUGAGAUCUCUUGAAAACUGAUGGCCGAUAUUUUGAGACGCUACUUUGAAAAUUGAUGUAGAAAGUUGCAUCAAAGUAGAAAUAAAUUAAUAUAUUAUGAUUAAUUAAAAAUAUCGCUUUACCGCUUAAAAUGUGUUGGCAAAAAAUAUUGGUUCACUUUGUAUUUUAAUUGCAAGCUCAAAUAGGAAAAUUAUUUAAAAGUGCACCAUGUAACUUUUUGGUUGGGGGUCUGUCACCUGCUUGUUUCUAUGGAUACGUCAUUGCUCUGUCUUGAAUGUUCCACAGUAUGAUAUUAAACAGCUCUAGGUCACAUUUAUUAAAUAACAGUUUGUUUUGUAGCUCAAAAAUACCUAGAAAAACGGGCAUUCUGACUUUGAGCAGCACAGAUCUGAUCUUCCACAGAUCUGACUUGUAUCUUGGUCUUGGUCUGGAGAUAGAAAGGUUUAAUACCAUACUGUGAAACUUUCCAGCCAAAGCAACAACAUCUCCACGGAGAAAAGCAUCUGAUGGACCCUCAAUCAGAAAAGUUACACAAUGCACCUUUAAAUAUUUCUCAAAUGAAAACCUGAACAUUGCCGCAGUUUAGUUUGUUGCCAUAGGAACGUUGUAAUUGAUAAGUUAAAAUGAAUUUCUGAUUAAUUGUUGUUAUACUAUGCAGCCCUCGUCACAGUGUAUUGAGUUGUUUGAUAAAGUCAGUAAUCAGUAUUUCAGGAGUGGACACAAAAACAAAACUGAAUGUGAACGAGUCCUUAUCUUUUAAUAGUCGACCCGUGAUUGGUAUUUUAAAUCCGUUUUGUCCGUCUGACGUGUUUUUGUACCGCUGGACGUUUUUUCAUUAUGUAUCUUUGUGGACAAAAUAUUCAAAAGGUACAUGGGUGCAUCAUGGUUCUCACAAAAUAUCGAAACGUAUUUUGCGUAAGCCUCUUGAAAAAAAGUUUGUCACCAUGACAACCUCCGCUGAACCUCAUCGAAGUGUUGCUGUUGCUAUAGUAAUAUGCUCCGACUUAUGAUUUCGGUCUUGUAUAAGGACUUCACUAAUCAGCCAUGACAUUAUUUGACCAGUGACAGAUUCAAUUAAGUGCAAAGAUGAAAAUUAUGAGCAAUUAUCGGUUUAUAAAAUUAUACUUUUGGACCUCAAAGACACUUAUAGAAGGGUUGGGAAUCAAUGGGUCCCUCACGAUUCUAUACUUGAUACAUGGCUCACGAUACAAAAUUAUCACGAUGUGGCGAUAAUUGAUAUAUACAUUGUUAUUUAUUGCUAUUUUUUAACAACCAAAUCUCUUUUAGCAACAAUAUUUCUUUGUUAAAUCACUACUUGUGCAAAGUUUGAUAUGAAAUGGAUUUAUUUUAUUAAUCAGAACAGUGAAUAUGUGUAUUGCAAAAACAAGUUUUCUUAAACUAAAUAAGCAACAAAAUUGUAGUAUGGUCACAAAAAACAUUGCUAAAAUAUACACACAAAAAAAAUACUCUUGGCAAUAUAUCAACACAGCAGCCCAUGAUAACAACAGUAUAUCACCAAAUUUAGUACCACGAUAUAGCUGUAUUUCAAUAUUUUUGCGUACCUCUGUAAUUUAUUGAAACAUUUUACCCCAUGGACUGCAAACAUUUGAUUAUUAUCCAGUAAAUUCCACAGAAAUAUCAAGAAAUUAUUUUGCCCAAACCUGUGAAUUUAAGGCAUUUAAAAGACAAAAUGUAAUUGGCUGGAGAACUGGGUCAUUCUGCGGUUGUUUGGAUCUGUCAUAGUUACUCCAGUGGUUAAACAGUGGUGGUUAUAAUGUUAUGGCUGGUUGGUGUAUUGACUGUUUUCUAUGAAGUUUCUGGAGACUUUGUGUAACUUUAGAAAAUACACCGAUGGCUGACCUCUGACCUUCAGCAGACCUUUAUGACGGGUGGAUGUACGUGCAGUUUAACUUAAAGUGUUUUUAGCCUUUUUGUGUCUUUUGCGUUGACACUAUGAUUUACAACUAGACUGAUUGAUUAAAUGCAUUGUUUCUCUGUCUGCAGCAUAACCUGUAAAUAGUUUAAAAAAGUUAAGAGAGUAUCCUUUCUGACAAAAAAUGCACUCUUGUUUCUCCAAGACUUUUAUUUAUUUAAGCAGAAAUUAUGACCUUUGGGGAAAUUAUAGUGUAAAAAUGCUAGCGGCACUGUUGAUCUUUCGAUUUUAUGCAUUAGGUUUGGUUGGUCAAGCUAACUUCACAAAGUCACGUACUAAAGGUAUUGUUAACAACUGAUGCAGGCCACAAAAUGAGAGUUUUAUAUCUAAAACACAAUGAAGGUUUACUAACCAAUGUAAGAAAAAGGUUUAAAAUGUUGUGUAGAGUAAUAAAUUGUAACAAUAUUUUAAAUAAAGUUAUAUAUAUUGGGAAA